UAAUUGUAAAGAUGUCAGGCAAGGCAGCAGACACCAACCUCCAUGCAGGUGAAGUGGACCCCACCCUUGUGGCCAACGCCACGGCCAAUCGCAUGGCAGCUCAGUUCUUUGAAAAGUAUGACCGCUUUGAGGUGCAAGAAAUGCUAGCCCAGACUUCCUACCAUUGGUUCUUGUCACAGGAUGAGCACAAGCUGCAGGCAGAAGCACCCAACGGUAUCAUCAUGACCAGUAAACCCUUUGAUAAUAACAACUGCUUGAUUCUGAUGCCCUUUGACCCCACGGUGGAAGCUAUCGACUUUCGGCUCGUACACCAGAUCAUCAGAGAACUUGUGAUGGGCAUCUAUGGCCUAAACCAGGUACCCUCAAUCAGCCUAGAAGCUAACUUUGACCAGAGCACCUCCUGCCAGCUACCACCUGCCUACAAUGACACCUACGUGGGUCAGCUCCUGACCAACGUGGACUAUAUGAUGAAAGCAUUGUGGCAUGGGACGUACUUCCCUAGAGAUAAACGCACCAAGUUCUCAGAGCGCUGGCGCUCGAGCCUGGACCUCAAUGCUGAGGGCAUCCCUGAAUCAAAGAAGAUCAUCCUUACAGAGUUCACAUUAGCAGGAAUGAUCGACAUCACGAAGGACCCUGACUAUGCCACCAUCUACGAUAAAAUGCGACUCUUCCCCAUGAGCAAGCACGACGCCAACAUUGACAAGCGUCUCUUCAUGCAGUACGUCAAUGACAUGACUGUUCAACUGACCUGGAGACAGAAGACUGUCCAGCAGCACAAUAACAUGUUUGUGAUUGAUGCAGCCUAUGAGGUUUCAGGAGCACUCAGGCUGCAUGAGGACAGGACAGACCGUGAUGUAUACGAGAGACUGCAGACCAGAUUACAGGCUCAUGUAGAUGUGAUAGAGAAACACCUGUGCAACAAAGCUGAGGUGCGCCGUCAGAUGUCCCUUCUAAAGCUAGUAAGCUUUCUCGUUCCAUUCUUGAUGGGACUGAGAAGAAAGAACAAAGUUCCAGACAUGUCUAGACUUCUACCUCAACUUACAGCGGAUGAGUGCAAGACAGAAAGGGAGCUCCCACCUAUGAUGCUAGCCCCAGACUUCCGCUGUCCCAACUUUGACUUUGGCAACAAGUACUUUCACCUCCAUGGAGGCAUCCAGAUCGACAUUGAAGGGGACGACGAGAUCCUGGAGCCCCCGGAGGUGAUCGUCAACCAUUACAACAAGAUCCAGCUGGAAGCAACAGAGAGAUUGGCCAAGCUGACGGAACCAGAUACAUUCCAGGAGUCUUAUCCUAUGGUUGUCAAAGAGCUUGGUGGAAAGAAGUACUACGUGUUCUCCAUGGACCUUGAGACUUACUACCCGGUCUCUCCGCCACGCCCGCUGUGGUGUCACUCCUUCUAUGAGAAGAUCAAGGAUCUGAAACCCAAGAGGUUACCCUUGACUGAUAUCCACAUGCAUGAACAGUUCAAGAGGAGGUAUGGCUACCAUCAAGCCAUCAAGUUCAAGUCCUUACAAAAUGGUCUUAGGCAAGCAGCUAUCCGAGGCCUAGUCUCCGUAUUCCAGACCCUUGCCCGCAAAUGUCCAGCCUCCCGGCUAGGGAACCAAGACGAGGAUGGAUACUCGCUGGUCCACUACGCGGCGCUUCACAACCGGCCUCAGAUCCUCCAACUUCUUAUGAUCCAAGGUCAAGACAUCAGCGUCAGAAGGCAUCAUCUCACUACGCAAGUUGGUACCACUCCCCUUCAUCUAGCAGCCAAGAGCGGAAGCUUGGAUUCUGCCCUCCUGAUGGUAAGUAACCAUGGCGAUAUGGUGAGUGCAGACAACGCUGGCUGGGCGGCGAUACACCACGCCUCCUUCUACAACCACGCACCCAUAAUCAGGAUGUUCAUUAGGAAGUUUGAAGAUCAGAUGGAACUGGAAACCUGGGAUAAGUUACGGCAGACCCCACUGCUCCUAGCCGCCAGCAGUGGAGCGCUGGAGUCUGUCAAGAUCCUGAUUGAACUGGGUGCUAAGAUCCUGAAGACUGACACGGAGAGGAAUAACAUGGUUCACCUGGCUGCUCUCAGGUUCCAUACCUAUGUCCUGGAAUUCUUCAUCGAGUGGAACCACAAGGAUGCACCAGUUUGGAAGACUCUCGUUGAGAUGUUGAAUUCAACAGAUUUCCGUAAGAAAGACAGUGCCGUCCGUUCUCUGGAGGUUCUUACAACGUCUGGUAAACCCCAUUGGAAAGCUAUCCUGGAAGCCAAUGGUAUCCCAGCCUUGGUGAAGAUCCUCCAGAUGAAGUCCUCUGAGAUGCAAUCCCUCGGAGCCGCCGUCCUGUGCAAUAUGUCCUGCAACGAGCCCAUCUGCCAUGCCAUCGCCAAGGCAGGGGGAAUCCCCACUCUCAUCAAGCUUCUCUCCGCAUCCCGAGACGACAUCCAGUCGCGGACGGCCAUCGUCGUGGCCGACAUGGGCGCUUAUGAUGACCACCAGACGGAGUUUAGCCGCGAGGGGGGUAUCCCUCCUCUCAUCCAUCUUUUGGAUUCAGAGCUGGAGGAUGUUCUGAAGCAGGCGGUCAACGCAGUCAGGGUGCUGUGUCUGGACCAUGAAGAGAAUCAGACGUUGGUUGCCAAGCAUGGAGGAAUUGGACCGCUGGUGGAGUUUCUAACGGUCAAUUCAGAUGAGCUGAAAGAGGCCUCAGCGGCCGCCCUGGCUGCUCUUACCUACGGUCACCUUGACAACCAGAAUGCGGUCAUCGCUCAGGGAGCGGUUAAGCCGCUGGUCAAGCUCAUCAAGUGUCACAACAUCAAGGUCCAGGUCAAGGCCGCCGCUGCCCUAGAGUCUCUGGGAGAGAGCAACCCGGAGUCUCAGAGGGCCAUCCUGGAUCUACAUGCUCCAGGAGCUCUCAUCAAGCUCCUAAUGUUCUGGGCAUUAGAUGUGAAGGAGCAAGCGGCCUGCUCCCUGUGGGCCUUAGCAGGAGACACCAGGAGACAGCAGAAGGAGAUCGCUCAAUACAUUGGGAUCAGCGGCAUCAUCGAUCUCAUCGUCAAGUCAGAGAGAUUGCAAUAUGUUGCAUGCAAGGCAAUGAUUGCCCUUACGAGAGAAAGCUUUGACAAUCAGAACGAGAUCAAGAAAGAGAAUGGUAUUCUACCUCUCGUUCGUAUCCUGCGCUCCUCCAAGACGAUAGAGCGGGUUCUCAUGACAGUCAUCAGGGCACUCGGGACACUCUGUAUAGGUGUGGCCAACCGUAACAACCCCGUCACCCAGAACAAGAUUGCUGAGGAGGGGGCGAUCGGGACCCUGGUGGGUCUCCUGCGCUCCUCCUCUAACCAUCACAUCAAGGUGGAGAUCGCCAUUGCCCUCGGAGCCAUCAUCCUGGGUAACCGUGGCAACCAGAAGCUGCUGGAAGAAGAACCGAUGUUCAGCAUCCAUCUUCUGCUACAGCUCAUGAAUGAGAAAGACGAUAGCGUCCGUCUGAAAGCAGGGACAGCGUUGUCCACCUUUGCCUUCAACAACACCAGCCAGCAGUACAACAUACGGGAGGCAGGUGGCAUCAGGAUGUCUAACUUCCAACGAUUCUUAGAGUCAGAGGACGAGACUCAUCAAGCUUAUGCUGCCUUCCAGAUUGUGGUUCUGGCCCGUGUUAUCGUAGACAGGGAUCAAGUUUCUUUAUCAGCAGACGGCGUGACCAGAUUGGUAGGACUACUCAAAUCUGAGAACGCAAACACAGUUAUUCUGGCAGGGAGCCUCCUAGCGAGUCUUGCCCAUACCAGGGCUGGCAUUCCUGAUGCCAUGAUCACCUCCGGUGCUGUAGAUAUCCUCAUCAAUCACCUCCACUCCGACAACAUCGAAGUCCGUUGCUCAUCGGCCGUCGCCCUCGGCUACCUGACCUUCAACCGGACGGCGACCCGGCUGUUGCUGAUAGCGACCAGGAACACACCGGGUUUGUUUCAUAAGCUAAUGGACAACCUAGAUAAAGAUGGCAAGAUCUCAGAGGACUUCACGGAGGAGUACAGGAGACAGCAGAUUGUAGGACUACCAGCUCUCAGUUUGGAGAAGCAUGGAGGUCCAUCUGCUGUGCCCCCUCCAAGACCAAGAGGUUCCAGCAGGCAACAGAGUCGACCGAACACAACCAUGGGUUUCAACAGCCGUCCCACGACAGCAGCUACCUCCACGUCAGGCAAACCUCCCCCAAGGUCCACCUCGGCUCCGGUCCGCUCUCGUCAGGUCCGUACUCCAAAGGUCGUCGCCCAGGGCAACGGACGCAAAGUCAAGAUAGAAGAGGGCAACAUGGCGUCGGCGAAGGCCAAGAAUUCGAAAGUAGCUUGGGACUGACUGACAUUGAUUGCUAUGAGAAGCAAGAUUUGUCUCCUUUAAUUGCCCCAUGCAAUCAUGACAUGCUAAACCAGUUCAAAACACAGGAAACUGCUUUUAAACAAAAACUGCUGCAGGAAAACUUAGCAUGUGUAUGAGUGCCAGAGGAUGCAUUUGAUGGGUAUGAAGAAGAAAAAACCUGCGUAUGACGAUGGCCCCUAUACAAACACUCACAGAUCUGUGUAUUAUAGAUAUAUUCUUGUAUGCAAUGCAAUGUAAAGGACAUAAUGAUUUUUUUUUAAUUGUUUGCUGCCUUGUUUUUGUUUGUUUUUCUUCCGAAUGAUCUAUUGCCUUGUGUGUGAAUUGACCUUCAUGGAUGGUUUCUUCAGGCAUCCAACUAAAAGUCAUUUAGAACGUGGAGAACUGGUCUGUAGCUCCAUGUACUAUGAGGAUCAGUCUGUCUGCAUGUGAUGCUGUAGUCUAGACAUUCAGCCCCAGGUCAGCUCCUAAAAUGAGUCUUUAGAGACAAAUUAUAUCCGUCCAUAUACAUGAAUGUCUGUUAUCCUUUUGUGCAAUUAUUUUUUCAGAAAGUUUCAAUUCAUAACAGUUUUUGUACAUCAAGAGCUCACAAGUAUAUCGUAUUCAAGAAAAAUGUAAAAGGAGAAAAUGAAUAUGUUCAAGCAGUGGAUAACCUUAUAAACGACCGUGUUACUUGAAGGUAGAUCUGCACAUGUACCUGUAUGAUACACUAUGUAGAAUGUAGUAGAUUUAGAUUUAGGGUUAUUCUACAUACUCGCAUGACAGCUAAAUAAUUGUAGGAUGCAACUUAGAUGUGUCUUUUCUGGGUAAAUAGAUAAGU